GCACGGAGGCGUUGACACUGAGCCAUAGGCUGGGUGGCCCGCUGAGAUGAGUCAGGGGUUGGAGGUAUCGCUUCCUCCCUGAGGCACCCUCCCCUGCACGGCCACUUGUUCUCCCACGCCCCCAAACGUUCCUCAACACCCUCCUAAGGGGGUGCGCUCCCCAGUUUGAAAACUUCUGAUCUAGGAGCCCCGGUCAUGGAUCAGCACCCCAUUGUGCUAGGUGCUGUACAAACAGAACAACAAGUCUGUCUCUGGUCCACCUCUGGGGUGGAAUGCAGCAGCUGUUUAAUGGCAGCACUUUAGGAAAGGAAGUGAAGAAGGACUCUCUGUCCAUACGAAGCUGCAGGGAGGGAUUUUAAAGUAACAAAAAUAAUGGAGUUUGACCAGGAAAACCACAUCACAGGAGGAUCAUGGGUAACUCCUUAGCCCGGCUGUCGCGCAGGUGUCUGUCCAGCCAGCUCCUUCCCAGUCCCAGCUCGAGGACCUGAUCCUGCCUGUACCACUCUCAGGAUCUCAGUGGGCAUUGGAAUAGAGGGCUGGCCAGUUUAUCCAAGUGACUGGCAGAGGUGGGAGGCUGCCCUGUGACGGCUUCUUCCCCACUCACCUGUAGUUGAAUUCAUUUGCAGAGGGCCAGAAAGUGGGAGAGCAGCACGUCUCGCUCCCCAGAUGAUGUGAGGGGAUGGGAGAGCAAGACGGAGACCCCUUCCCCCAAGCCCCUUCUCCACUCCCGGUGCCUGACAGCUGCUCCAUCACCGAUCCCCUCUGACAGCCUCUGGUCCUGGGGUCAGAGGUCAAAGGAUCAGCUAAACAAAUCAUUCAAUAAUGCGCUUUAAUUUAUAUUGGGGGGUUGGAGGGUGGGGGGUGUCUCCCGCCAAGCUGCAUUUGUCCAGCUGCUAAUUGGCAGAUCUGGCGAGCAGGGGUGAGGGGAGGCUUUAUCUUGACAUUAGACCCAGGGGCGAUCGAUAGACGUGGGAGGUGGGGGCUGUUUUGUGGGGACCGGGGGCUGCAGAGGGCGAGAUUGGCUUCUCCUGAAAUAUGAUUACAGAUCAGGGCAGCGCAGGGCCAGGACCGUGAGGGCUGCCGCGGCAGGACCCUGGCACUGGGGGAGGGGUGGGACCCCCCUGGUAUUUUGUAUCAAUUCACCUUCUGUGCAGGGAGCUAAUAACACAGGAGCCGGCUUCGUUCGGCCCCCAUGGUGUCCUAGCCCAGGGUUCCUUUCCGGGGCCAGCAGGGUUGGGAGUCUGCAGCCAUUGGGGUGAGUGUUGGGGGCUUUGGGUUAGGAUCCUUCCACCCCCUCGUGACGCCUCCAUCUCAGCCGCUCUCAGCCCUCAUUCCCAGCUUUCCCAACCCCCUUCUGCCUCAAGAAACCACAUCUGGGCAUCUUCCUGUGACUCCCUCUUCUUCCCUUCCAAUCCCCCUGCCAUGCGAACCCCUCCCCGGUGUGCCUUCCCCUGUCCGGCUCUCAGGGAAAGCCUCCUUUUAACAAGGCGUCUGUGUGCACUUUGGGGGUCAGGAAGCAUGGCAUAGUGGUUAGGGCACCAGCCUAGGAUGCAGGAGACGUGGGGUCAAAUCCUUCUUUUGCUACAGACUUCCCUAUAUGAGCUUGGGCAAGUCCCUUAGACUUACUGCCUCAGUUCCCCAGAUGCGGAUAAUAGCCCUGCGAGGGGCUGUGUGGAUAAAUACAUCUGAAAUUGUGAGGUGCUCAGAGGCUGUGGUGAUGGGGGCUGUAAAAGUGCCUCAGAUAGAUAGCAACUCUCAUGCUCCAGGGAGCAGGCUGGUUGUAGGGGUCAGGAAGGUUUUGUUUUUCCUACCAUGCCAGGACCAGAUCUGCACUCCCAGUGUGAUGCUCCUACCCAGAUCCUCCAAAGAGUUCAGCUCCUGACAUGCCACGUGCUUGAAGAUCUGGCAGUUGGUAGCACUGGACCUCCCCUGGGGGCUGAGUCAGAGCUCAGAUCCCAUACUCUCCGCCCCACCCUCCUCCUUCCCCUUCCCACACCUAACGUAGAUGCUUCCAGCCUUCGUGCUCCUACUCUGCCCCCUUUCCAAAUAACCUCCAUCCCAUGGGGUGUGUGUGUGUGUCAGGGAGUAGAGCCACCGUGCCCCUCGCGGGUGACCAGAUGGCAGUGGGCUGAGUGCAGCCUCUGACCUCCAGGGUGCAGGUCCAGUCUGGCGGCCAGUGUGAAAUGAACUGAGGACCGAGGUGGAUGCACCACCUAAUGCACCAUGCUAGUGGGCGCUGACUGGCCGCCUCCUUGCCCAUCUCAGCGGAGGCAAAGAUUGAACUGGGCUUUAACUGCCUUUCGGCCACAGGUGGACGGAAGCUGCAGCCCACGAAUGCUGAGUCUGUGUGCAUAGCUUUCUCCGCUGCUCUCUGAUCUGUGCACUCCAGCCCCCAGAACUGGCUGUCUGGCGGCCACGAAAUUCUCAUUAGGGAGAAAAUAACCAGGACCCUCUACGGAGACCUGCACCGGCAGAGACCAGCGAGUGCCUUGUAUGGCAAAAUCACAGCCUCUUGUGUCUCCUCUUACAUUCUCCACCCCACACUGCUCUGUUAACAAAGCCGUCUCUCUUCUCUGCAGCUGGGUCUGCACAGACCCCUGUCCCUCACGGCCUGGCAUGUCACCCUUCAAUUCGGGCGGGGGAAGCGCCAUGGCUCCAAUAUGGUAACAAUUCCCCAUUUCCCCUCUGAUCUCUGCCUGCAAGUCUCUCUCCUCCCAGCACUCCUCUCCAGCCAGCCGCAGCCUCUUUAGGCUGUUUCCUGCCCUGUUGGUCUGGUGCUGAUGCUCCCUGCAGGGAGCUGGGUGCUCAGUCCCAACGGUCCCAAGGCAGCUUGUCCCCGCCAGGUCCCAUCCAGCAGAGAGUAUGUGGGUUCCUUUUGGGCGAGUGUAUUGCUGUGGGGGAUAUGAUGCAGAUGGGGGUUGGGAGCAUCUCUGCCGAGGCUGCUGGUAAGGGGGACCAGCUAGGAUGGAUGCCCCUGGUGGUGGAUUUUUAGAGGACCAGUGGCUACAGAUCCACUGCCCCUCCUCACAACUCCCAUCGGCCUGAGCAGCUGCAAAGGAACCCGCCAGGAUCUGGAGUGCGGCUCCUGGGUCUGUGUCACUUGGGCGGCGGAGCUGACUCCUCCUUGGAACCUGGACUGAAGCCGCACCUGGCCAGGUCACAGUGGUGGAAUGCUCUGUUUCCCGAUGGCACUCCCCAGGGGCCGGCACAGCCCCUCCAUGCCCCACAUCAUUAGCCUUCCAGCUGCAAAGGGUCCAGGUUGUUUCUGGCCCCAGGUGACGUGUUUGCUUGCAGCUGCCUGGGAGUCUGACCUUAGGAGCGUCUUCCUGAGGACUAGCACAGAAGGAGGCAGGGGGCUGCAGGUGCCCUUUGGGGAGGUGCGUCACGUCCGGGAGUGGCUGCAGAUCCGUGGGCAGGUGUCUAAGCCGGCCCAGGAGCACCCCAAGAGACCUGUCCUGGGGCUGGAGUGUCCCCAGACGGAGGUGAGCGGUGCCCGCUUCUGGGGCCUCUUCCGCUCGCUGUGCACUGGCCCUGAGGCCUUCUUCCGCCGCUGCUUCGUCCACAACCACUGCCCGCUGCUCUUCAUGAGCCAGAGCGGCAAGAACCUGACGCCGGCCGACCUGCCGGCCGCCCAGCGCGAGCGCCUGCUGCAGGUCUGCGACGACGGGCUGGCCCAGGCCGUGCGCCUGCUCAGUGUUGCCAUGGUGAUCGGCGUGGGCCGCUUCGCCGAGCAGCGGGCCCGCAAGGCCCUGGCCUCGGCUGGCCUCCAGGUCCGGGUGGAAGGCUUGAUGCACCCCUCGCCUCGCAACCCCCAGGCCAACAGGGGCUGGGAGGCCAUUGCCAAGGCCAGGCUGGAGGAGCUGUGUGUCUUGCCCCUGUUGACGGGCUGAGCCUGGGGCAGGGAGGGCACCCCCUGCUGAAGACACUCACUGGGUCUCAUUCAUGGCCGAUGCUCCUGGCCACCUAGGACAUACAUUUCUGUUGCCAUUGCCACUGACUAGCGGAUAACAGGAGCCCCGUCCUGAAGGCUGGGGCUUCCUGCACCAACACUACCUCCCCAUACCCUCACCUGGAGUCUUGUCACCCACCAUCUACAUCCCCCAUAGGGGGCUGCAGGGGAGCGGCCUCGGAUCCUGCUCUCAACUGGUGUCUGAUGGAGACAGGGACUGCAGCCUUCAGAUCCUCACGAGCUGGGGGUUUGGUUCAGGCCUGUCUUCAGUUCUGCCACCUCUCUGUGGCUGGGCCCAGUCCUGGUUGGAAGGGCAAGUCAGAUCCUUCCACCCCCGGCUUGUUAGAAACCAGUUUGGUUCCCAUGCUGCUCGGCCCCCUUAACACUGAGAUGAGCUGGUGUUUGACAUCAGGAGGCAGCUUGGAGUGCUGACCAAUUUACACUAGCCCAGAUCCACUCCCUUGGUGUCCUGUUGUGAUGGGAUCCCUGGGGUACGACCUGGAACUGUGAGACCGCUGUGCCUCCUUAAGCCUUGCCAACCCCAGCCCAGGGGUUGUUAUCAUUCAGCACCAGCAUGCAGAGACACACCCAGCUAAGUUGCCUGAAUGGUCUCCAAGCCACUCCUGAACUAUGCAGAGGGAAACACCAGCACAUCUCCCAAGCCCCCAGCCUUGCACCCCAGAAAUAUACCGUCUUGCACUCCUCAAGACCUAUUCUUGAACUGUGCAAGCUCAUUAAUUAGUUUGCCCCUUCGUCAAAGGAUAGGGGACAUGCACCAGCCUUUGUAAUCUGAGUAGAUUCCCCAAGCACUUUAGAAAAACUCAUUGCUAAAGAUAAAACAUUAAAGUAAAAUCUAUCUUCCUGCACUUAAUAAACUUAAGUGAUUGUCAGUGUUAGGCACAGAGGUCAAAGUUGGUUACAUAAGAAAUAAGAACAGACUUGCAAUCUAAAUUCUAACUUGAACAGACAAAGAUUUACAUCAAACAGCUUUUCUCACCCCGCUGGAUGUUGCUGAUAGGUUACAGUUCUUAAUACAUAGGCUGGAUCGCUCUCUCAGCCUGGGACCAGUCUCCUCAGUUCAAAGCCUUUGUCUUCCAAGCAUUCUUGUUGCCUUCAGGGGAGGAGAGAGGACAAGUGAUGAUGUCACUGUCCCUUUUUUUAAAUACUUUCUUCCAGGUGCCAGAAAGAUCCUUGCUGUGACAUGGGGGUUAGGCAGCUUCCAUUGCAUAUGUGGCCUCUCUGAGGAGCCUUAGAGAGUGAAUUCUUCUUGAUGGGCCAUCAACACGUCUGGCUGGUCCUGAUGUAAAUCUGUCUUGUCAGCUGUUUCGUUAUUGCCACUGAAAGGCCGGCGGUGGGCGUUUCCCAUUUACCACGUAUCUCAGUUGUGACGUCGCACCCCAUAAUGCUUUGUGGAAAUAUGUUUAUAAAUGUAUAUGUGACAUAACUGGAAUAUGUUUUAUGCUACAUAUGUCAUGUAACAUAUCUCUGCAAAGGUUAUAACCUACUGAAUAUAUUCAUCCUAUUUGUAUGCAUGUAUCAUUUUUGUGUUCGAAGUUAUGAAUAUUGGCUGUGUACUUGACUGAUUUUAAGUAGCCUUAGUAAGGCAUUUGGUCAGCUUCUUAAGAAAGGAAUUUGCAAGUUAAGUGCCAAAUCAGGAAACACUUAACGGACAAUGGACCUUGGAAGACUCUAAUCCACAUAAGAAGUCUAUCUGGGGACGUUCAAGGUAGCAUGUGAACAUGCCACCUGUAAAGUUCUGAGUCAUGCAUGGACAUAUGAAUUGCCCAUGUGACUCCAAAACUCCAGCUUGCAGCUGGAUUCUUCAUAGGAGAGAGGAGGGGGUCUCCACCCACAAGAGAGAGUCUAUUUAAGCCCCUGGGAGAUCCCUCCAUUUUGCCUCCAGCUGGCUCAAGAGAUAGCCUCUCCACCCCCAAGAACACCUGAAAGAAACUGGAACAGAGGACAGUAACUACAGCGGUGUGAGUGAUUGCUGGACCCGAACUAGAAGGAGGCUAGUCUGUAAAAGAAUCUUACUGGAACAUCUCUGAGGGUGAGAUUUCAUCUGUAAUCACUUUCCUAUGGUAUUAGGCUUAGACUUGCAUGUUUUAUUUUAUUUUGCUUGGUAAUUCACUUUGUUCUAUCUGUUAUUACUGGGAACCACUUAAAUCAGGGGUCCCCAACGGGUCGCCUGUGGGGGCAUCUAGAUUCACUUGCAUACUGGCUGGCGGUCGAGUAUCCGCUGAAAUGCCGCCAAAUUUCAGAGGCAUUUCGGCGGAUGCUCGACCGCCGCCACGGUCCUUCAUCUGGCGCCUGCCAGACGAAAAAGGUUGGGGACCACUGACUUAAAUCUUACUUUUUACAUGUAAUAAAAUCACUGUUUACUUAUUAAUUAA